AUUCCAAAGUUGCUGCUAAAGUGACAAUUACUCGAAAGCCAUUAAAAUAAGAAGUGGACUACCUUCAGAGCGGAUUCUUGUUUAUCGGGUUCUUAAACCGGCUAACCAUAAAUUAUAAACGGCGGCCACAAUUACAACAACAUAUCUCAACACUAAUUUCUAAGACACGAAAUUUCUAAUCUAACUCAAAAGCUGUUGUGAUAUGAACCGACCCAGAGCACCUGGUCUCGGACGUUUUAUGCGUGCUCCGUUGCGUGGUCAGUAUCGCGGUGGUGGUGCAAAUCUCAGUCGUGGUCAAUCUCGUGGUGGUAGCCGAUAUCGACCUUAUUUUUAUUUUCGUCGCGGCGGGCGAACUAUACCAGCUGGUGGUGCCAAUCACAACGAUGCUGCCGCAAACAAUACUACUCGAAAUCCAAACGAUGCACUCGACUCAACAUUUCUACGUCCAGAGCAUUAUGUGGCACCAGAACAUAGUUUGCAAGUGAACAGCUUUAAAAUACAAGCACCAAGUGAAUGUCCGGGCUGGUGUUUAUACUUUUUAAAAGACGAAUACUCGCCAAAUAGCAUCAUUGCCAAACGAAUAAAAGUACUGGAAUUGCAUUUCGCACGAGAUUCGUCUAUAUAUGAUAUGAGUGACAUACAAAAUCAAUCAUAUUUCCAUUGCUACUUAAAUGUGUUACAGGCUGAUAAAGAAGUCAAUACAAUUUGGCCGAAUAUAGUACAGGAUAUGCUGCAUAAUCCUUUGCAAAGUUUGGCGACGCUUGGUGUAGCCAUGCAUGCUGCUGUGAACAUAGCAGCGAUUGAUGCUGCUCUCAGUCAACCUUCAACUUCAACAAAUAACAUUCAACGCAUUACACGUAUACGUAAAAUAUAUGCGCGUCCAAUGGAUUUAAUAAAUCUUACAGAAAUGCGUCAUAUUAGCAACGAACAUUUGGAUAGCAUGCAUAGUGUGCGUGGUAUAGUAACUGCAAUUGGUGACGUAGAAGCCACUGCCACUUGGGUUGCAUACAAAUGUGAACGUUGUCAACAAGAACAGGUGCUGAAACAAACAGGUUUUUAUCCGGCGCGUCCAUACAGUUGUAAGGGUUCUGGUUGCUUGGCUAAAAAGAAUUUUGUUGAGAUGCGCAGUUCAGCCUAUACGCGCAUAGUACCAAAACAAAAUAUAAGCUUAUCUGAAACCAACAUUAACACACUCGUUGAUUAUAAAUAUGAGUUGCCAUCUAUACUGGAUAUUGAGCUACGCCAUGAUUUAGUAGAUUCUGUUGCGCUAGGCGAACUUGUGGUUAUUACGGGCGUUUUAAAACUACGACAAUUUAUUAAUGAUCAACCUUAUGCUGGCAAUAUUGCUAACAAUCAAACAACUGAAAACUCCACACAAAUUUAUAUGAAAGCAAUUACCGUAAAUAAAAUUGGUGUGAAACGGGAAGCAUUUACGGAACGCGAUUUGGAGGCUAUUAAUAAAAUACAUGGUGAACAUGACGUCUUUAAACUGUUAGUGCAAUCAAUGGCGCCAGAAAUACAUGGACAUGAACUAGAAAAAGCUGGACUUUUGCUUUCGUUAUUUGGAGGAUCUGGUUCACAAUUACUGGAAGAAGGUGUUCUUAACGUUCUACUCGUUGGUGAUCCAGGCACCGGUAAAUCUUAUAAGUUGCAAAUGUGUGCACAAAUAUCCGAAAGAGGUGCACUCAUUGAUAGUAAAAAUUGUUCAAGCAAUAGUGGGCAAUUGAUUAUCAACACCAAAGGUCGCAACAAACAAAGCAUAGAUGCUGGUGCAUUAAUUUUGUGUAAAGAUGGACAUUGUGCUAUUGAUGAUGUUGAUCAGAUACCGGGUACCGUUGAAACAUUAUUGCAAGCAAUGCAAUCACUUAGUAUAACUGCAUCAUCUUUUGCUGUGUCUAGUAGAACAUCUACACCCACAAGUAUUAUUGCUACGAGCAAUACAAAAUGUGGUCACUAUGAUGAAUCUAAGUUGCUACUUGAAAAUAUACGUUUAGAGCCAUCGUUGCUGAGACAAUUUGAUUUAGUUUUUGUGCUCUUAGACAAACCUGAUAAAGGUUUGGAUACUACGUUACCAGAUCAUGUGAAAGCUUUACAUGCCGGUAUUAAAAAAGGGCCUGCUAUAGCAGCACGUUACACUGUACGUCCAAAAACGAAUAAUUCAAUGAAUGUUACAGUUAGCGACACCACCGAUAACUUUGAGGAUUAUAAUUUAGCGGAACAUUUAAAGCUCUACGAUGAAAAUGAUAUGGACUUAUUACCCACAAUUUUGAUUAAGAAAUACAUAGCUUAUGCCCGUCAACAAGCGCGACCUUUUCUAAAUGAUGAAGCUACUGAGGCUAUUAAAACUUUUUAUAUGGACUUAAGAAAUAAUGAUUCAACUGGAGAUAUAAGUUCUGGCAAACUCAAAGGACUUAUUGGCUUAGCACAGGCACGUGCCCGACUGGACUUCUCACAUCAAGUUAACAAAUCACAUGUACGUGAUGUUUUCUGUAUAGUGAAACAUAGUUUGGCUAGCACUGAAGCUGGUGAAAGCAUUCACACUACACCUGGACAAGGCAGUAAAUCUGCCAUGAUUAAGACGUUUUUGCAACUACUGAGAAUGCGUUCCGAUGCUGUGGGGCGCCGCGUAUUCGAAUUUGAGGAACUGAAAGAAAUAGCCAAGCGUGUGGGCAUCAAUGAUGGAAUUAAAAAUAUAAUUGACACUAUGAACUAUCAGGGUUUUCUUUUAAUAAAAGGACCUAACGUUUAUGAACUAAUAAGUGAUUAAGUGAUUAUA